AUGUCGUCUAGCGGCUUAGACGAACAGUUCUUGCAUCGCUGCUGCGUGCAGCUGUCGGCGACGCUAGCCGACUCCACAGUGCUAAACGCGGAGCAGGGAAAUGCAAUCCGCUUUGCAAAGCAGCACGCCGCUGUCCACCCUCGCGAGGUCGCACGCGCGCUCGUCUGGCGUGUCGUCGACAGCGCGGAUGACACGCUCGACCAGUCCGUGAACGAAGACCGCGCCGGGGCGUGGAGUGUGCUGACGGCUGUGGUGGCUGAGUGCGGCGACGCGAGCAGCGAGGUGUUCCGCACGUCGCUUGGCGACCACAUCGCCUCGCUCCUGCCGUACCUCGUGGGAUAUCGCUGGCACACGUCGGUGCACAGCAUUCAAGAAGAUGGGCUUCACAGCAGCGCUGAGGUUGUCCUCAACUAUGACAAGGUCGUCCCGGCGUCGCUGAUCAACGGCUUCAGCGCUCGUAACGUCGACGCGUACGCGGUGAAGAUGAUGACCCUGCGCUACCGCAAGUACCUCACCCUGUGGAAGUCCGUCUGGCGUCCAGACGUGUACCAGACGCUGAAGGAUAUGGUCAAGCGCGUCGAGGCAACCGGCAACUUCCUGCCUCCCAUGGCGGAGGAUGUGCUGGUCGUGCCGGACGGGUAUCGGGAGAGUCUGUGGCGACUGCGCCGCACAGCACCGCGUCCGAGCAUCGCACUGGAGCUGCUGCGCAACUAUGGAUGGCCAAUGACAGUGAUUCCGCGUGAGAACAACAACACAGUGCGGGCGCCGAUCUACGUGCUGCCGAAGACAGAGGCAGAGCUGCGUCAGCUGGACCCGGCGAUGCACCUGACGGUGUUUCAGUGGCUCAAGACGAUGCCCCAAAAGUCUGGCGGGUGUGCUGGCUGCGAUUCGUGGGACCACACGGAUGCCCGUUGCCCGUGCGAAGCGCCCUUCUGGCGCUCCCCAAGCGACGAGAGCGCAAUGAAGACCCACCGCGCGCUGGUCGCCACCGCGACUGGUGGGGCGGCGCUGCCGACUCUGACCUACGUGCAGUCCGCCCGUAUUCUCCAUGCGUCAAAUCUUCGCCUGCCGCUGCGCGUGCCGGAGGCGUUAGAUGCCAUCACGAAACUCAUCCGCGACGAGAAGCCCUACGAGGAGUUGCUCGCCGCCUUCGACACGGUGCGUGGUGCUGUGACAGGCCCACGUGAGCGGCACGCCCUGUGGCGACACGCCUCCUACCAGCUGCUACCCUCCAAGACAGUGUUUGCGAAGCCGCACGAUGAGGCGCUGAGCCCAUGUAUGAAUAAGAUUCGCAACCUCUUCCGGAGCUCACGCCGCUUCCAGGAGUGGGAGCAGCUGCUGGACGCGGUGGAUGUGCUUGACAUGUGCUUCCGCCGCCGCAAUGUGCCCAGUCGGGUUCGCCGUAACCUCGAAGAGGUGCAGGCGACAGCCUCCUUUUUCUUCUGCCUGGUGGACGGCUCCCUCGCAGCGAGCUUCAACCCUGCCACUUAUGCGCGAGUGCCAGAGGAGGUGGAGGCCCUGGCCCCCCUCAAGGACAACCUGUGCCGCGUCUGCCUCGAGCCAUUCCACACGGCCGUAACCUGCCCUCUCGUUCGCGAGGAGGAAGAAGCCGAGUACCGCCGCCAUAGCACCGGCACCAGCGCAACGAAACUCGUUAUCGAGGAGUGGGACCUGCAGGUGGCGCGGCGCGUGCUAGAGGACAAUGAGUGCCUGUUCAUGAAGUACCCGGCGGAGGCGCACCGGCUGGCGGCCGCGAUGGAGCGCAUCGACGUGGACGACCGACCUGCAAAGGACUUCCGCAAGGCCGAGCUGCAACUGGCGGUGAAGCUCAUCCAUGAGCGUCGCGUCGCCGUGUGUCCUCAGUGCAACGUGACCGGGCACAGUCUGCGCAACUGCGAGCGCCGCGCGUACCGUGCGCUGAGUCGAGAGUCUUUGCGCCCGAUUGACGUGCGGCUUGACCCUCACAAGCUCCGUCAGUGUGUACGCCGCUACGCUUCAGAGGACGCCUCGCACGGCGAGCUGCUGGAUGCCAUGGACCUCUACGGGCGCGGUACGCAACUGCUGCCCACCACCUUCAUGAAGGCCAUUCGCGAGAUGGACGACGCCCGUAUCCCGAUCGCUGCGGCCCGCUACGCGACGGACACGGUCCAGAGCUUCCUGCUAUUCAGCAACUCCACCGACCUCCUCCAGCAUCUUCGCCAGUUUCGAGCCGCUCGCUUCCCUGAGGUGUGCGUCUUCUGCGACUCCUACCACCACCGCAGUGAGGACUGCACCCGGUGUCGUGAAGACGAGCGUGGGUACCUGCAAGAGCUGCGCCGCACUGGCCUGACUCUGUGGACGUACCUCUUGCACCGCGACGCCUACGAUCAGCUGCUGCCGACGGACUACGUACGCGGCAAGGAGAGCGUGUUAGCGCUCGUUGACCAGUUCGAGACCGACUACCGCCCUGGCGGUAUUGGCCGCUCACGCUUCUUCAAGGAUAACGAUCUGCCUGACAUGACACUGGGGACUAUGAUGACGAACACUUACUCUUCGAUCACCGACACCCCGGCACUGACGCAGACCCGCGCAGCAGCGCCGGAGACGUCAACCACAGCAGCUGAGGCUGCCACGGCUGAGGCGGGUGGCGAGGUAGCGCUGAUUGGCGGCGAGGAGGAUGUGCUCGACCACGCCAGCGACAUUAGCGAGAAGCGCCAACGUGCACCAUCAAACGUAGCCCUGUCAUCGGAGGCAUCGUCAGAGGAGGAGCAUCCCAGGAAAAAGAGACCCCGAAGCGAUGGGGACAGCGAACAAGCGGAUGCAGACGCGCGAGCGGGAGAGGGAGUCAGUGUGGAGCAGGAUACGGCGGAGCCGCCCACAAGAUGUGUGUAUGGGGAACUAGAAGCGCAGUAA